AUGCUACAGCUGUUUAAGUUUGUACAAGAUGGCGAAAUUUGUCUGUCCCAGUCUCAGGAAAAAUCCCAGUGUCUGUCCCAGUCUCAGGAAAAAUCCCAGUGUCUGUCCCAGUCUCAGGAAAAAUCCCAGUGUCUGUCCCAGUCUCAGGAAAAAUCCCAGUGUCUGUCCCAGUCUCAAGUAAACUCGCAGUGUCUGACCCAGUCUCAAGUAAACUCGCAGUGUCUGUCCCAGUCUCAAGUAUACUCGCAGUGUCUGUCCAAGUCUCAAUUAAAAUCGCAGUGUAUGUCCCAGUCUCAAGUAAACUCGCAGUGUCUGACCCAGUCUCAAGUAUACUCGCAGUGUCUGUCCAAGUCUCAAGUAAAAUUGCAGUGUCUGUCCAAGUCUCAAGUAAACUCGCAGUGUAUGUCCAAGUCUCAAGUAAAAUCUCAGUGUCUGUUCCAGUCUCAAGUAAAAUCGCAGUGUCUGUCCCAGUCUCAAGUAAAAUCGCAGUGUAUGUCCCAGUCUCAAGUAAAAUCUCAGUGUCUGUCCAAGUCUCAAGUAAACUCGCAGUAUCUGUCCAAGUCUCAAGUAAAAUCGCAGUGUCUGUCUCAGUCUCAAGUAAACUCGCAUUGUCAGUCCCAGUCUCAAAUAAACUCGCAGUGUCUGUCCAAGUCUCAAUCUCAAGUAAGCUCGCAGUGUCUGUCCAAGUCUCAAGUAAAUACGAAGUGUAUGUCCCAGUCUCAAGUAAAAUCGCAGUGUAUGUCCCAGUCUCAAGUAAAAUCUCAGUUUCUGACCCAGUCUCAAGUAAACUCGCAGUGUCUGACCCAGUCUCAAGUAUACUCGCAGUGUCUGUCCAAGUCUCAAUUAAAAUCGCAGUGUAUGUCCCAGUCUCAAGUAAAAUCCCAGUGUCUGUCCCAGUCUCAAGUAAACUCGCAGUGUCUGUCCCAGUCUCAAGUAUACUCGCAGUAUCUGUCCAAGUCUCAAUUAAAAUCGCAGUGUAUGUCCCAGUCUCAAGUAAACUCGCAGUGUCUGUCCAAGUCUCAGGUAAACUCGCAGUGUCUGUCCAAGUCUCAAGUAAACUCGCAGUGUAUGUCCAAGUCUCAAGUAAAAUCUCAGUGUCUGUCCCAGUCUCAAGUAAACUCGCAGUGUCUGUCCAAGUCUCAAGGAAAAUCGCAGUGUCUGUCCAAGUCUCAAGUAAACUCGCAGUGUAUGUCCAAGUCUCAAGUAAAAUCUCAGUGUCUGUUCCAGUCUCAAGUAAAAUCGCAGUGUCUGUCCCAGUCUCAAGUAAACUCGCAGUGUCUGACCCAGUCUCAAGUAUACUCGCAGUGUCUGUCCAAGUCUCAAGUAAACUCGCAGUAUCUGUCCAAGUGUCAAGUAAAAUCGCAGUGUCUGACCCAGUUUCAAGUAAAAUCUCAGUGUCUGUCCAAGUUUCAAGUAAAAUCUCAGUGUCUGUCCAAGUCUCAAGUAAACUCGCAGUGUCGGUCCAAGUCUCAAGUAAACUCGCAGUGUCGGUCCAAGUCUCAAGUAAACUCGCAGUGUCUGACCCAGUCUCAAUGUCUGUCCAAGUUUCAAGUAAAAUCUCAGUGUCUGUCCAAGUCUCAAGUAAACUCGCAGUAUCUGUCCAAGUCUCAAGUUAAAUCGCAGUGUCUGACCCAGUCUCAAGUAAAAUCUCAGUGUCUGUCCAAGUUUCAAGUAAAAUCUCAGUGUCUGUCCAAGUUUCAAGUAAAAUCUCAGUGUCUGUCCAAGUUUCAAGUAAAAUCUCAGUGUCUGUCCAAGUCUCAAGUAAACUCGCAGUAUCUGUCCAAGUGUCAAGUAAAAUCGCAGUGUCUGACCCAGUUUCAAGUAAAAUCUCAGUGUCUGUCCAAGUCUCAAGUAAACUCGCAGUGUCGGUCCAAGUCUCAAGUAAACUCGCAGUGUCUGACCCAGUCUCAAGUAUACUCGCAGUGUCUGUCCAAGUCUCAAGUAAAAUCGCAGUGUCUGACCCAGUCUCAAGUAAAAUCGCACUGA